AUGCCCACAUCGUGGGCGGAGGCUUUGGCUGCCGCCGUGUCCAAACAAGGCCUGCAAGUCGAGGAGAUAAAGAAGCUCGAGCUGGACCAUAGUUGCAGGACGAGCGCAGUAGAGGGGCUGGACGCAUACACCAGCCUCGAGAAGCUCUCUUUGGCGAGCCUGGGCCUCAAGUCGCUGGCCGGCCUUCCACCGCAGCUCACCUGCCUUCAGGUCAACGAUAACAACCUCAUAGGCGCGGCCCUCACCGCCCUCACGAGCCUGUCCAAGCUGCGCCGCCUUGAUCUCGCUGGCAACAGGAUUGCGACCUGCAAACAGCUUGAGCCCUUGAAGGCCCUCAAGCACCUUCACUCUCUUGACUUGGAGGGCUGCCCGCUCGCAGACAUGCCGGAAUACCGCGCUCACGUCUUUGAGGAGCUGCCAUCACUGACGAGUGUGGACGAGCAUAAUAAGAACGAUGAGGUGGUAGAGGCAGAGGACUCCGAGGUGGAGGAGGAGGAGGAGGAGGAGGACGAGUACGAGGAGGAGGAGGACGAGGAGGACGGCGACGACGGCGAGGGCGAGGAGGGUGGCGAGGCCCCAGGUGCAGGCGGCGGUGGCGAGGCUGGCGGCGACGAGGAGGAUGAGGGUGACGAUGAGGACGAUGGCGGUGAGGAGGAGGAGUACGAUGGCGAGGGCGAGGAGGGCGAGGAGGGCAAGCAGUCGCCCACCACGGCAGCGCUGCUCAAGGAGGACCUGUCGGAUGACGAGGAGGAUUACGAAGAGGAGGAGGAGGUCGAUGAUGAGGAGCUGCAAGCUGACGUCGAGGAGCUCGUUCCCAAGAAGCGGAAGCGGGAUGAGAGCGACGAGGACUAUGAGUCUGAGGAGGAGGAGGAGGAGGAUGAGUCGGAGGACGACGAAUGA